AUGAAGACCUCAGCAAUUCUUUCGGCAGCUGCGACUUUUAGCAUCGCGUACAGUACAGGUUCGAUCGAGGAAUGGGCACCAGGAGGACCAGAUGAUUUUCGCGGCCCUUGCCCGAUGAUGAAUACCCUAGCGAACCAUGGCUAUCUCCCUCAUGACGGCAAGAACUUGACCAAAGAAACCGUCGUCGCUGGUCUGGGCAAUGGUCUCAACUUCGACCCCGUACUGGCAGGUAUCAUGUGGGAACAAGCCAUCUUCGUCGCAGGCCCAAAUGCCACAGCUUUUACACUCAACGACCUCAAUCCCCACGGCGUUCUCGAACACGACGCCAGUCUAAGUCGCUCAGACGCCCACUUCGGAAGCAACCACGUCUUCAACCAGACCGUCUUUGACACCUCCAAAGCCUUCUUCACAGACGAAACAAUCACCAUCCGAAUGAUCGCUGAUGCAAAAGUAUUCCGUCAAGUGAUCUCGCGAUCUACAAACCCAGAUUACUCAUUCAGUGCAUCGGUUGAAAAUUUCUCUCUUGGAGAGAUGGCUGCUCCUUUCUUGGCUCUAGGAGAUAAAACCAAUGGACUGGUGAACAGAACGCUUGUGGAGUUUUGGAUUGAAAAUGAGAAAUUGCCAGCGGAAUUGGGAUGGAAGAGGGUGGAGGAGCCUGUUGUGCUUGAAAAUGUUAUGUUUUUGGUCGAGAGUAUUGGAAAUGCGACGUCUUUGAUUACGGCGUCUGGGAAUAGCACGGCACCGCAUAAGAAGCGAUCAGCUCUCAGCGAUGGACAGGAGUCAGCUGGCGACGUAUCUGAGUACGGUGUAUCUCAUGGGUCAACUACUUCUCAGAAGCCACAGAGACUCUUGCAGUGUUAUGGUGACUUUUUUCCGAGUUCGCCAAGCGACACAUAUGCUAUGUCGAGCAUGCGGAUCAAAACUUCGAUUUUGUGCUCAAAAUGCCAACGAAUCCGCGGAAAGCUGGCGAAAUAUUUGGAUGAUAUGAACUGUCUAGAUUCAGUAUAUUCUUCUACUUUGGAACAUUAUUCUACCUUAGAACAUUCUCCUACUUUAGAUCACUACCAGGAUAGUCGAGAUUUGAAACAGUCUGCCCUCUAUGGAUGCCAUCUGUGCAAUUUAAUUCUGGAUAGUUUUAACCCUGAAGGGAUUGACAACUUCGACAGAAUGUGGACACGGAAGGUAGCCAUGAAUGAUAUAUCAAACGGAACACCAGUGCAGUUGAAGGUUUCCAGAUCUAUAUAUGUACAGAACCAACCAGAGCAAGCUCAUCUAAGACUGAGGACGAUGCCCGGACAAGUUGACUCAUUUGCUAUCACGGGUAGAAGAAUACUCCUUACAUCCUCACCAUCUUGCCCACCUACACAUCUGAGCGAGUCGCCCAUAACCCUAUCCUCAAUACAUGUUUCGACUGCAACUGUUGCUACUGCUAACCUAGCCAUUGAAUGGAUAGCUAGAUGCACUAAAUUCCAUUCAAAAUGUGGCAAACCGAAAGGAUCUUUUUUGCCAACACGACUUAUUGAUGUCCAAACCUUGCGUCAAACGGGUAAAAUAAGGGUAACAGAAACUCGGAGUCUUCCAUGUCCGGAUGACAUUCGGUAUCUUGUACUGAGCUACUGCUGGGGUUCGACACCAACUUUCAAACUGGAAAAGUCAACUGGGCAAGCUUUAUCAUCUGGAGUGGGCGUUCAAAUCCUCCCGAAAACCAUUCAAGACGCCAUAUACUUUACACAGAGUAUUAACAUGCGAUGGCUUUGGGUCGACUCUUUAUGCAUAAUUCAAGAUUCGCAAGAAGACUGGAAUGACGAGGCUUUAACAAUGUGUCAAGUGUACCAGAACUCCUUCCUCUCGUUAGCCGCGCUGGCGGCAGCACAUAGUGACGAAGGGUUGUUUGCAAUCCGUGACCCGUUGCUAUAUUCUGCAUGCAGUUUGUUCUCUACAAAGGAAGGGAAACAUGUAUUUGCCGAGCCAUCAUCGCACAGUGAUCCUCACAUGGCAUGGCCACUUCACCAACGCGGCUGGGUAAUGCAGGAGAGGAUUUUACCGUCCAGAACUCUCAACUUUGGGCCAUAUCUGAUCUGGCAAUGCCAGGAAAAUAUCGAUGAGGAAUAUAACAUCAUUAGCCAAAAGGACUAUCGAGAGGAAUUUGCACUAAGCAAGCGCUUCGCCGAAAUCGUCCUGAGUGAUAGCGUAUCCGAAAAAUAUUCGAAAGAGCGGAAUAAAGAAAUUCUUGGACUCUGGAGAAGGCUCGCUGCAGAGUACACUGAUGGAGUCUUAUCGGUACCCACAGACCGGCUAAUAGCUAUUUCUGGAAUUAUUGCUGUCAUUCACAGUUGUACAGGAUGGACGAAUCAGGCGGGUCUGUGGGAACCAUUCUUAUGGAAAGAGCUCCUGUGGAAGAAGGUACUCCGCAAGUCAAUAGAGUCACGCAAAUUUACAGGCCUCCAGCCAAGUUGGUCUUGGAUCGCCAUAACGGGUGCCGUUGGCUGGGCGGACUUUGAUGCAAAAUUAGGAGUCUCUUGCAGUAGCGUUGCGCAUGUACAACGAAUUACUGAGCUACUUCCUUCUCAAGCAGAUACAGACUCUUCCAGCGACCAUCCCCUGGCCAUUCUAGUCUCUUGCAUAGCAGGAAAGCUUCGCUAUUUAUCUCCCAUAGGAGUGAAUAUAGGACGUCAUGAAUGUGACGUGGACGAGUUUCCUCUAUCCGGGCGUGGGGCCUUUAUAUUUGACAUAUGUACGGACACAAGGCAGCCCGAACUAUUUCUUCCUACUGGGAUAGAGAUUUGGCCCGAGGGGAGUCUCUUUGUAUUGGGCUUGGCCGUUUGUCCAAGCAUGAACUGUGAGGGAGCUUUCGAGCGCGUGGGUCUUUGUACUUUCCAAGUUGAUCGGGAGAAGAAAAGCGGAGACAGCAUGGAUCACAAUCUAGCUAUUCUCCACGACGUGAGUAGGAGGAAAGACUAUAUACUAGUGUAG